GUGAAAUUAAGCCUAAAUAACAUUUAAUUUAACUAUUUAAGGUGGCUGCUACGGUGAAACAGCGCAAUCGGUGCUCAACGCUGAACUGAGGCUCCGAUUCAUCAUUCACCAUCACAUUGCGCAAUUUCACCAUCGUUGAAUCAAUCUAACCAUCACCUCAAACAACGACAACAAUGUCAAGGGAACCUGCUCAAAUUCCCACAAGCUUUGGCCACGAGUUGAGGGCUUGUCUCCGUUGCCGCCUCGUCAAAACCUACGAUCAGUUUAGAGAUUCAGGUUGUGAGAAUUGUCAGUUCUUUAAGAUGGAAGAAGAUCAUGAGCGGAUUGCGGAUUGCACUACCCCCAAUUUCAAUGGGAUUAUUUCAGUCAUGGAUCCUAGUCGGAGCUGGGCUGCGCGUUGGUUGCGAAUUGGAAAAUUUGCUCCUGGUGUUUACACUCUGGCUGUCUCAGAGGCUCUCCCGGAAGAGAUGCAGGCUAUAUGCGAAGAGGAGCGUGUGCAAUAUGCCCCUCCCAAACGUUAGUGAAGCACAUGAAUAUUGGCUCUGUGAUAUCUUUAACAAAUUCAGAAUGGAGUCUGUAUUUAUGUGGGUUUAAUGUAGCUGUUGUGUACAAAUACAUUCUCUAAGUGCCUUGUUAAGCAGAUGAUAGUUUAGUGUGUACUUGGGGAGGUAUCAUGAAUCAAGCAUUAUAUACUGAUGUUUUUGUCACCAAUGUGUUCUUAGAAAAAUCUUCUUACUCAAGGUAAAUUACCAAGCUGCUCUCCUUUUGGUCA